AUGGAUGCUCAACUGAUGCGAAGCCACUUCUCCCAGGCGAGUCUCGGCGGGCUCUCUCCCUUCCCAGCAUACUCUUUCUCGUCGGCAGCCCACGCACUUGGGUUCCACGUCUCGCCGCCGGGUGCAUCGCCCGUAACUCACGGGGACCUUGCUAUUACAACAUCGGUGGCAGCUGCGGCUGCUGCCGUCCGAGUUCAGAGUUCCAUGAAGAAGGACCUUAAACACGUUCCUGGAGAAUGUUUCUCACCGAAGAGCAAGAUGAUGAAGAUUGGUGGGCAUGAUGAUGACGAUGACAACAAUGGUAAAGACGACAAAGAUGCAAAUGAUAACAAAAGGAGAAGAAGUCGAACUAACUUUAAUGGAUGGCAGCUGGAAGAGCUUGAACGCGCUUUUAACGAGAGUCAUUAUCCAGAUGUAUUUACCAGAGAAGCCCUCGCAAUGCGAUUGGAUCUUGUUGAGUCACGUGUUCAGGUUUGGUUUCAGAACCGAAGAGCAAAAUGGCGGAAGAAGGAGAAUACGCGGAAAGGUCCUGGUCGCCCUGCCCACAACGCUCAUCUUACAUCGUGCAGCGGAGACCCAAUUCCACCUGAUGAGCUAGAGCGAAAAGAGAGAAUGAAAGUAGAAAGGAAGAUCAAGAAACAAAAGGAGAAGGCAGAGAAAGCACCAAAUCGACAUGUUUCUAGGCGAGUUGGUGGCAGCAGUGGGUCUGAAGGAAGCGCUGGUGGAGAGGGUGAGAAGAGAAGAAGAGACUCGUGUAGUUCUUCAACAGGUUUAUGUGUAGAUGGACCGACGGGGUUUUUAACAGAAGGCCAUCUGUCACAGAAAGACUUCAUGGAAAGCUCGAGCGCUGAACCAAGCGAGGUAGAUUCAGAAUGCAUGGACAACAUCAGUAUUGAUACAUCGGAAGAACAGCGAAAACUUCCGGAUUCGCCGCGGUUCAAAUUAGCGGCACGAACUCUUUUAAAUCCACUGCGGGGUGUCGGACCGUUACCGCGGUUCGAUGCGGAUAAACUUCAAGACUGCGACGCCGCAUCCGCAUUUCAUAGUUCGUUUAGCAUCGACAGACUUCUGUCUCGCCAACCGGAGCAGCACCCGGAUAUGAAACCAGGAACUGUUGCGGCAGCCGCUGCUGCUGCUGCCCUCUGGCCCGAAUUCUGCCCGAGCUAUGCCCUAGCAGCACCAAACCCUCUUGCAUGGGGUGCCCUCACUACCUUUGGGUUCCCGAGAAUGUGGGCCGGUCUUACGGCAGAUCGAUUAGCCGGGUGCUUACGGGCCAACAGUCAGCAAUUAGGCCUACUUGAUGCAUGGAGGGAGAGAAAGACAAUGAGUGUCGAGGCACUAAGGAAGAAAGCACAAGAACAUAAAGAGGCGUUGAGCAAAAAUGAUCUAAGCGAUGGGUGAAUAGAACUUGUAAAAUAUUUACCAUUUUAUUAAUGUGCAUAGUGAUAGAUAUAUUAAAUUAUCUUAAAAGUGUGAAAUGGAAAUUGUGGGAGGAAAAUUGCAUUUAUAAUGUUUAUGUAAAGUUGAAAUGAAUUGUUAUUCUAUAUGAAAACGUGUUUUAUAAAUAAGUUAACAAACUAUAAGGCUGUCUGAAAAUACUCAUUUGAAAAUUAAUAUGUGGAUUGAAGAUGCUCCAAGGUUAUGGCUAAUUGAAUUUUACCCCUUUUAUGUUUUCAUGGAAAACAAUCGCUUUAAACCAGUCUGAAAUCAUCAAGUAACUUCCCAAACCCGUCCUCCGUAUGCAUGAACUGUUGACAAAAUCGUUAAUGUUUAUAAAUGAGCAUAGAAUAUCGUUACCAUUAUAGAAUACUCGUUAUCCUUGUGCCAGUAACAGUGAACCAAUACUUGUUAAUAUAUGCGAAGCUAGGCAGCUACAGAGGGUGGUCAUGAUGCCUCCAGACCGCUAUGAAUUAUAGGGUUUUCGUUUCAACUGAAACAAUUGAUAUAAAGAUUACAAAAAUGCUUCACUUUACUUUCCUUUAUUCAGGAGUUCCUGUUAAUUUUCCUAACAAAUCUUCAGCCCAAAGUUUUCACCGCCAGGUGGACUAGCGCUGAGCAACCCCCCCCCCCCCUAUUUAUAUAUUUUACCCAAUUUUAUCUACGUGGUUAUUUCGACUACCAUGAUUACCUCGAGUUCCAGUUGGGUUGUUGUCAAUGGGCAAAUCAUUUCAGAGUGCCAGUCAUUAAAAAAGAUAAUCGUCGACAUUUACUAUUAUGGCUAAAUUGGUAUUAGAUACACAUUUAUCAAUCCCAUUACAAUAGGAUGUUGUUUAUUUUGCUCAUUCCUCUGGCAUACGUCAGGUUUUUAUUGGUAUGCAUGUAAGGGUUUAUAGCUUGAGUUACCUCGAUAAUUAAUAAUGGGUGGUCACUGGUCGUAAGAUACUACGGCAACCAACUUUUUCUUCAUCAUAUGCUGACGACGUUCUCUUCUGAAUGUGUAUUAACUUUUAAAGUAUGGGCCAAUUUUACAUGUUCCACAUUUUUAUCUGAAAUAUGAAUGCAAACAAAGUGGUAAGUUGUAUAACUAGGAAAAUUUAAGUUCAAGUACGUGCAUUGUUGAACAAUUAAAAAAAUAAAAAACAAUGAGAAUUUUUCAAAUAUCAUUCUUAAGAUAUCACCGUGGGGGAUUUAUGAUCGGCCGCAUAUAGGUAAUUUUCAUUCGGAUGUUCGGUCGGGACAACUCCUUUAUUUUCUCCAAACACGAAUUUACUAAAAUUUCAUCUGUUUUCAAAACUUUUACUCAGAAAGUUUUCCACUAAAGCAGAAGUUAUCAUUCAAUAAAUUACAGAUAUGAUGUCGUUUCGAUUUACGUAUGUGUUCCUUCGAUGAAUAAAAAAACAAUUUCGUGAGGUCACAUAUAGCAAUAAUAUCUUCUGACUAAUGCCCUAAUGAAAAGGUGCUAUAGAAAAACGAAACAAAAUCCUAAUAACUAAUUACACAACAAAUGAUACAGAUGUUCUUACAUGUUUAAUCACAUUUUCUUUAGGAAACCACAAAGUCUUAGUGAUCGCAUUUUAAGGGCCAUGACUACCUUAUCUCUUCUCCAAUUUUUUUCAACCCUUCUCUAUUUUUUAGCAUUAUAAAGAAACAAAUAUUCCUCAUUUUCGAAUAAACCAAAAAGCAUACUUCAUUGACCAAAGAUAAACAUUCUAUAUUGCCAAAAUGUAUCAAUCGCCAAUCUAUGAUGAAUGACUUUCUUUGUUAGAUCAGAUAACGUAAUUCCAGGAUAGCUUAUUUAUGGAUAUGGGUGAAUUAUUUCUUUAUAAUUCGUUUACGGUAUAUGUUAUAUUUAUUUAUCGUUUACAGUGUUCUUGAGGUAUAUUGAUUCCACAUUUCAAAUCACAAAGCUAUGUUGGUAAUGUCAUGAAACAAACCAAUGAUCUACGAGAUACCACACUCGACUAAGGCGAGGUACAUGAAUAGCUGACAGGAAUGUAUUCCUUUGUUGGCAUAGUCUAUCCCUACCUGCUGCAUUGGCAUGAAUGCAGCCAUUGCCAUAAUUUUAUUUCUCAAUCCAUUGAAAUGUUAUUAACUAUCAAAUAUCGAUUCUAUCCUUAUUUUUUUUAUCCUUAAUAUAUAUAUAUAUAUACAUGUAUAUAUAUAUAUAUAUUUAUAUAUUUAUAUAUAUAUAUAUAUAUAUAUAUAUAUAUAUAUUCUUAAUUGAAAAUCGUAUCUGUGUUUAGGAUUCUGUUCAAAGCGAUCAAGAAACAGCCUAAUCCAGCAUCAACAAAGUUUUAACUUUCUUGACUCAUUGAAUGAAGACGUAGAUAUUUACAAGAAAAAAAAUUACAUUUACGUUUUAGGUUGUUGCUUGAUUCUUUUUCUAUAUACAGUUUCUUUUCUUUAGGUGGUAACCAAGAAGCUUUCAUAACUCUCCACAAAUCACGCCAUCUUUAAAAUCACCGUGUCAUUUGAUCCACUCCCUGAUUGUUAUAUUCCGUUUGCUGUAUUUUCUUUUCACUCCAAACCCCCCCCCCCCCAACACUCCUGUCUUAAUUGAGUCACAAAACUAUUAAAUAUCAUGCGAUAAAUCACUGCGUCUCAUGCUUGCCAUCACGUAAACGUGGAAUCCAAUUUGUUGCGAAAAUCUGUUAUUUUUCGAUGCCGCCAUCCAAUCCAGCGCGGUUAGUAUGAUACAAUCUCAAGUAGUGGAGACGUAACAAAAAUUUAAUUUCCUCGACGGGGCUCUCGAAAUCGGAAAGGAGAAAAGCGUAAUUUCGUCCUCCAAACACAAGGGGGUGAGUUGGAGAAGGAUAACAGGCUAGGUGAUGCUGUUACACGCAUUCUUGAGAGAUGAAGAGUAAAGAGAGAGUUUAUUCACUUGUCUACGGCUUGAUGUAGCGGUUUUAAUUUUCACAGUGUUUUACUCGCUUGAUUGAAUAGGAGUGGAAGUUUAGAUUAGAGGAACCGCGAACCAUGGCUGACGUGGAUGUCGUUCUCUCUCAAUCUCUCUUCCUUUCUCUAUCUUUUAGAUCUUCAAGACUAAGAAUGAAUUAGGGGUAAUUAUUGCGACUUUGCCUUAAAGGGAGAGUGACGACUUGACUGUGGUCAUCUUACCUGUGGUAAUAAGCACCGUCUCUUUCUACGAGCCUUAUUAAGCGCGUGAUUCAAAUCUUGAAAUAAUAACUUUAAAUUAUUGCAGAUGUUUCACACAUCAUUCAACUGAAAUUUACUAAUUAUUCAUUUUAGAAUUGAAGCAAACUUUUGUUACUGUCUUUUCACAAAUCUGAUGAAUUUUACCAAAAGAAAAUCCUCGAUUCAAUUUUGCAAGUGCGAUCCGUUGAUGUAGAUGCAGUUCAAUUCCUAGAACCCGAUCAUUUCAAAUCGAAUCACGACAAUAUUACAAUAGAUCAAUUUCUACAUGAACUAGCCAGGCAAAUGUUGUCUCGGAUGAGACUCAGAUUUAACUUAACGUUUGUCGAUUUAAGGAAACUAUAAGUACUCAAUCCCGAAGCACAAUAAAAAGUAGUGUUCGAUGUGAAGAUUUAAAAAAAAGAAUCGGUUUCCUCGACCAUGUCGACAGCUGUAUGGGCAAGGGAGAAGUAUGUGAGUUUUCAGUUGAUGUUAUCAAUGGUGGAUAGUAUUUGAGGGGGAAUUUCAUGAGUUUUACUUUGUAAAUAGUCUAAUGAAGAAAGAAAAUAUUCUAAUGUAAUUAUGUUUAUACACAUGAUAUACGAGUGAAGAUUAAAACGUAAAGAAUGAACGAUA